AAGCACGACAACAAAAUUGUGUUCCGGCGUUCAGUCCGAUUGGAAGCGUAAACUUGUUUCGAUUAAUUCAUAAAGGAGAGAAAUAAUAGCUGUAAAAAAUAUGGAGGACCCCAAACUGGACUGUUUGAAUGCCCGUGUGACCCAGCUGCUGAAUAAAGUGGUCCUGGAAGUUGUAGAGAUGGUGAAGGAGACUCUAAUUGAGACCGUGUCGGAGUAUCGUGAGAAAACUGCCAGUGCGCUGAAAGAAAAUGAGAAACUGAGAAGAAGUUUGCAAGAAAUACAAAACAUUUUGCACCUCAACGGUCUGUUUCCAGCUCAGGAAGACGUCUUGUUGCUUCAAAAUCCAAAUCCUGAACCCAUCGCGUGGCCAAACGACGCUUCCUUAUCACAAGCGGAACACACUCCGGACCAAACGUCGGUAGAACAAUGCGACGAGCAACCAGAAUACAAACAUGUGGAGGUUCUGACAGUCCAAAGCACUCCAGAAAAUGCACAAGAUUUUAAAAUCGAACCAAGUUGCUCACUAUCUGCUCCAGCAAUACAAGAACAUUACGAUUCAAGUCCUUCAACUUACCCCGACGGCGACAUCAACGGAGAAACGACCUCGACGCGAGCCACCAGGAAAGACUACAGCCACCCGUGCGUGGUGUGCGGGAAGACGUUCACCCGGGUGGGCUACCUGAAAAUCCACCUGCGCUGUCACACGGGAGAAAAGCCGUACGGCUGCUCGCAAUGCGGAAGGCGCUUCCGUCAGGGCAGCGAUUUGAAGAAACACAAAUUGGUGCACACGGGGGAGAAACCGUACUACUGCGACCAGUGCGGGAAGAGUUUUAACCGGGCGGAGAAUCUGAAAAGACACCGUAAAGUCCACGAUGGAAAGACUUGGCGGUGAUUUGUUGCUUCUUUUUUACAUGCGCAAUAGUUCCUUUUCCACCAUUUAGUGGUCAAAAGUGGAAUUACUCAAAAAUAACGCAACUAUAGACAAAAGUACAGAGGAACCCUUGGUUUUGGGAAAGGGAAAGUACUGUAAAUCCAUUUUUGAUGUCCAUUAGUUCAUUGACUGCCACUGAUGGCGAUAGACUUCCAAUUGAUUUUCAGUGCACUGUGUAAGCUGCAAGUCAGUUAAUAGUUCAUAUUUCUUUACGGAUUCACUCAGGAUUCAAGUGAACUGUAUGGAAAUUUUGCUGUUUAAUCAGUGUUUGAACACAUUGGCUACCAUUGACGGCAUUAGAUGUCCAAUUGAUUUGAGUUGGGAUCGAAUGAUCAGUGAUUAGGUCCCAAGAAUUCUCCCCAAAAGUGAAAAUAAUAUAUACCGUAAUUUUCGGACUGUAAGCCGCUACUUUAUUCCUUCAUUUCGAAUCCUGCGGUUUAUAAUCCAGUGCGGCUUAUUUGGUUGAUUUAUUUGUGUUAAUGAGUAAGACUGUGUCAUAAGACUGUCAUAAUUAUGACAUUACUGAAUGCUUAAGUGUCACCUAGCAAAUUAUAUCACUAACUCCAUUUAUGUCCAGCUCGGUCUUUUACAUCCAUUCAAAAGUGAGAUAAUUUGCUGGAUAACAGUAAAUGACAUCUGUUAUAGAUAUUCAUUAAGACUCAUGCAGUGUCAUAUCAUAAUCAUGAUUGUCUAAUGACAGUUUUAUGACGCCACUGUCAAAUAAUUUGUUAACAAAUACCAUAGUUUUCAUUUAAUGAAACAACUGGAACAGGAACUGAAGAAAUAAUUUGCACAGAACAUGAAUUUUGAUUGUUAUUUACAUCUGUAGCGCUGCAAUGCAUGGUAGGAGGCAUGUUGGACAACAACUGUUGACAGCAGGUGGCAGCAGAGGUUGGCCGUCUCCUACCAGAGAGCAGUGAUGACCAAAGCUUUGCAGCCAAUUAGUUCAAAGCUUCAUGGUGGUUCAUUUUGUCUUAUGACGGUCGUAUGAUGCAGCUGUCAAAUAAAGUGUUAACGGUUAAUAUAUUUCGGUGUAAUUAUCCCAUAAUACAGUGAGGACAGCUACGGCUUAUAGUCAGGUGUGGCUUAUCUAUGAACAAAUGCCGUUUUCGUGUCAAAUUUGGUGGGUUGAGGAUUAUAGUCAGAUGCGCCUUAUAGUGCGAAAAUUACGGGAUAUUUUAGGGAUGUCCCGAUCGCAUAUUUUUGCACCCAAGUCCGUGUCACCUGAUUUUGAGAAUCUACUGAUACCGAGUCCCAAUCCGAUGCCUAAAAAAAAAAAAACUUUUUUUAUUAACAAAAUUUCCAUGUUACAUGUUACUGUCCCACCGUGCCGCCUUCAUAAUGUGAAUUAUUAAAAAAAAAAAAAAAUGUAGAAAAAUGCUUCUUCUUUUUUUAGAUGCUUCAUUGAGUGAGUCCACUUACAGUAGUGUAUGAAAAAGUAUCUGAACCUUUUGGAAUUUCUCACAUUUCUGCAUAAAAUCACCAUCAAAUGUGAUCUGAUCUUUGUCAAAAUCUUACAGAUGAAAAAACUGCUUUAACUAAAACCAAAAAUAUUUGAGUAGUUUUAGUUAAAGCAGACAUUAGCUAAACUUUAUCUAAAACCACCCAAACAUUUGUGGUUUUAGUUAAAGCAGACACUGUUUUUUCAUCUGUGUGAUUUUGACAAAGAUCACAUUUGAUGGUGAUUUUAUGCAGAAAUGCGAGAAAUUCCUAAAGGUUCAGAUAUUUUUUCAUACCACUGUAUGCUUUGACUCUCGCGUUGGAGAGAACAGCCUCUCACUUACACAAUGAGUUGCCACAUCACACUUAUGGAAGUUUUAUGAUGAUUGACAGAUUUGUGCCUUUGAAUGUAGACCUACCUAUCUUCUCUGGGAAGACUAAAGCUACAAACUGGCCGCACUGCUUAGUUGGAGGGAGGGUGAGAGCCAGUGUCGCUAUACGAGCAUGAAACAAACAUUACGGUAAUAUAUUUUUAAAAAUUAAAAACCCGAUUACAGUCCUCUCAAAAAUGGCGCAAUCGGCCCGAUUUUCAAUCAUUCGAUCGGAUCUGGACAUCCCUAAUAUGUAUAUUUGUUUGAAUCUUGAAAAAAUGUUCAACAAAAUUGUUUUUCUAUAAUACUUAUUAAAAUGCUGGACCUGUAAAAACAGAUUUUUAAAAAAUGUCUUUAAAUUUGGGGGGGAAAUUAUGCCAAAAAUUGGAGAAAAGCGUGUAAAUAGAAGGGAAAUUCAACCAAAAAUUGGAGAAAAGUGUUGUUUUGUUGUUGUUUUUUUUUUUUUGGUUAAAAAUACAAUUAUUAAAGUCAUUAGU